CGCCGAGCCGAGUCCGCGCCGAGCCGCAGCCGCCCAUCCCGGGGCCCGAGCCGGGGGACCAGCAGCUUCCCCACAGGCAGCGUGAGGACAGCCUGUGCCCCAGAAGCAGGAUGAGAAGAUGGCAGACUUCCUGUUACCUCGGGGCACCAGCAGCUUCCGCAGGUUCACCCGGGAGUCCCUGGUGGCCAUCGAGAAGCGCAUGGCGGAGAAGCAGGCCCGAGGCUCGGCCACCUCGCAGGAGAGCCGAGAUGGGCUGCCUGAGGAGGAGGCUCCCGGGCCCCAGCUGGACCUGCAGGCCUCCAAAAAGCUGCCGGAUCUCUAUGGCAACCCGCCCCGAGAGCUCAUCGGGGAGCCCCUGGAGGACCUGGACCCCUUCUACAGCACCCAAAAGACCUUCAUCGUGCUGAAUAAAGGCAAGACCAUUUUCCGGUUCAGUGCCACCAACGCCUUGUAUGUCCUCAGCCCCUUCCACCCCAUUCGGAGAGUGGCCGUGAAGAUUCUGGUUCAUUCGUUCUUCAACAUGCUCAUCAUGUGCACCAUCCUGACCAACUGCGUCUUCAUGGCCCAGCACGACCCUCCGCCCUGGACCAAAUAUGUCGAGUACACCUUCACUGCCAUCUAUACCUUUGAGUCUCUGGUCAAGAUUCUGGCUCGAGGCUUCUGCCUGCACGCGUUCACCUUCCUUCGGGACCCAUGGAACUGGCUGGACUUCAGCGUGAUCAUCAUGGCAUACACCACUGAAUUUGUGGACCUGGGCAAUGUCUCAGCUUUACGUACCUUCCGAGUCCUCCGGGCCCUGAAAACUAUAUCAGUCAUUUCAGGCCUGAAGACCAUUGUGGGGGCCCUGAUCCAGUCUGUGAAGAAGCUGGCCGAUGUGAUGGUCCUCACGGUCUUCUGCCUGAGCGUCUUCGCCCUCAUCGGCCUGCAGCUCUUCAUGGGCAACCUGAGGCACAAGUGCGUGCGCAACUUCACGAUGCUCAAUGGUACCAACGGCUCCGUGGAGGCUGACGGCCUGGUCUGGGAAUCGCUGGACCUCUACCUCAACAACCCAGAAAAUUACCUGUUGAAGAACGGCACCUCUGAUGUGUUACUGUGUGGGAACAGCUCUGACGCGGGGACAUGUCCCGAUGGCUACCGGUGCCUAAAGGCAGGUGAGAACCCUGACCACGGCUACACCAGCUUCGACUCCUUCGCGUGGGCCUUCCUCGCACUCUUUCGACUGAUGACACAGGACUGCUGGGAGCGCCUCUACCAGCAGACCCUGAGGUCCGCAGGGAAGAUCUACAUGAUCUUCUUCAUGCUUGUCAUCUUCCUGGGCUCCUUUUACCUGGUGAACUUGAUCCUGGCUGUGGUCGCCAUGGCCUACGAGGAGCAAAACCAAGCCACCAUUGCUGAGACGGAGGAGAAGCAAAAGCGAUUCCAGGAAGCCAUGGAGAUGCUCAAGAAAGAGCAUGAGGCCCUCGCCAUCAGGGGUGUGGACACCGUGUCCCGCAGCUCCUUGGAGAUGUCCCCUUUGGCCCCAGUAACCACUCACGAGAGAAGGAGCAAGAGGAGAAAACGAAUGUCUUCAGGGACAGAGGAGUGUGGGGAAGACAGGAUCCCCAAGUCUGACUCGGAGGAUGGUCCCCGAGCAGUGAAUCGCCUCAGCAUCACCCACGGCCUCAGCAGAACCUCCUUGAAGCCACGCUCCAGCCGUGGGAGCAUUUUCACCUUCCGCCGGCGAGACCUGGGCUCCGAGACAGAUUUUGCAGAUGAUGAGAACAGCACUGCGGGGGAUAGCGAGAGCCACCGCACGUCGCUGCUGGUGCCUUGGCCUCUGCGCCGGCCUAGUUCCCAGGGACAGCCCAGUCCAGGAACCUCAACUCUAGGCCAUGUCCUCAAUGGCAAAAGGAACAGCACCGUGGACUGCAACGGGGUAGUCUCCUUGCUGGGGGUAGGUGAUCCUGAGGCCACCUCCCCAGGGAACCGCCGCCUCUGCCCUGUGAUGCUGGAGCGCCCCCUGGACACGACCACACCGUCGGAGGAGCCAGGCAGGCCCCAGAUGCUGACCCCCCAGGCUCCGUGUGUGGAUGGCUUUGAGGAGCCAGCAGAGCGGCAGCGAGCCCUCAGCGCGGUCAGCGCCCUCACCAGCGUGCUUGAAGAGUUGGAGGAGUCUCACCGCAAGUGCCCGCCGUGCUGGACCCGCUUUGCCCAGCGCUACCUGAUCUGGGAGUGCUGCCCACUGUGGAUGUCCAUCAAGCAGAAAGUGAAGUUCAUGGUCAUGGACCCAUUCGCUGACCUCACCAUCACCAUGUGCAUCGUGCUUAACACACUCUUCAUGGCACUGGAGCAUUACAACAUGACAACUGAAUUCGAGGAGAUGCUGCAGGUCGGAAACCUGGUCUUCACAGGGAUCUUCACGGCAGAGAUGACCUUCAAGAUCAUCGCCCUGGACCCCUACUACUACUUCCAGCAGGGAUGGAACAUCUUCGACAGCAUCAUCGUCAUCCUCAGCCUCAUGGAGCUGGGCCUGUCCCGCAUGGGCAACCUGUCGGUGCUUCGCUCCUUCCGCCUGCUUCGGGUCUUCAAGCUGGCCAAAUCAUGGCCCACCCUGAACACACUCAUCAAGAUCAUCGGGAACUCGGUGGGGGCACUGGGGAACCUGACGCUGGUGCUGGCCAUCAUUGUGUUCAUCUUCGCCGUGGUGGGCAUGCAGCUCUUUGGCAAGAACUACUCAGAGCUGAGGCACCGCAUCAGCGACUCGGGCCUGCUGCCCCGCUGGCACAUGAUGGACUUUUUCCAUGCUUUUCUCAUCAUCUUCCGCAUCCUCUGUGGCGAGUGGAUUGAGACCAUGUGGGACUGCAUGGAGGUGUCUGGGCAGUCACUGUGCCUGCUGGUCUUCUUGCUUGUUAUGGUCAUCGGCAACCUGGUGGUCCUGAACCUCUUCCUGGCUUUGCUGCUCAGCUCCUUCAGUGCAGACAACCUCACAGCCCCCGACGAGGACGGGGAGUUGAACAACCUCCAGCUGGCCCUGGCCCGCAUCCAGCGGGGCCUGCGCUUCAUCAAGAGGACCACCUGGGACUUCUGCUGUGGGCUCCUGCAGCGGCGGCCUCAGAAGCCCGCGGCCCUCGCCACCCAGGGCCAGCUGCCCAGCUGCGUGGCCACCUCCAGCCCCCCACCACUCCCAGGGACAGAGAAGGCACCCCUGGCCCACAAGGAGACACGGUUUGAGGAAGGCCAGCGGCCCGGCCAGGGCACGCCUGAGGAUCCAGAGCCUGUGUGCGUGCCCAUCGCCGUGGCCGAGUCAGACACGGAUGACCAAGAGGAGGAUGAGGAGAACAGUCUGAGCACAGGGGAGGAGUCCAGCAAGCAGCAGGAAUCCCAGCCUGUGUCCUGCGGCCCUGAGGCCCUCCCACAGCCCAGGGCCUGGAGCCAGGUGUCAGAGACCACCUCCUCCAGGGCCGAGGCCAGUGCGGCUCCGGCAGACCUGCGGCAGCAGCGGAGAGCAGGGGCCCGGGCCCCAGGGUGCAGUGAGACGCCCGAGGACAGUCACUCCGAGGGGAGCACAGCCGACAUGACCAACACUGCUGACCUCCUGGAGCAGAUCCCCGACCUCGGCGAGGACGUCGAGGAUCCAGAGGACUGCUUCACCGAAGGCUGUGUCCGGCGCUGUCCCUGCUGUGCUGUGGACACCACACAGUCCCCAGGGAAGGUCUGGUGGAGGCUGCGCAAGACCUGUUACCGCAUCGUGGAGCACAGCUGGUUCGAGACGUUCAUCAUCUUCAUGAUCCUGCUCAGCAGUGGAGCACUGGCCUUUGAGGACAUCUACUUGGAGGAGCGGAAGACCAUCAAGGUCCUGCUGGAGUACGCCGACAAGAUGUUCACCUACGUCUUCGUGCUGGAGAUGCUGCUCAAGUGGGUGGCCUACGGCUUCAAGAAGUACUUCACCAACGCCUGGUGCUGGCUCGACUUCCUCAUCGUGGAUGUCUCGCUGAUCAGCCUGGUGGCCAACGCCCUGGGCUUUGCUGAGAUGGGCCCCAUCAAGUCGCUGCGGACGUUGCGCGCACUCCGGCCGCUGAGAGCCCUGUCGCGCUUUGAGGGCAUGCGGGUUGUGGUCAAUGCCCUGGUGGGCGCCAUCCCAUCCAUCAUGAACGUCCUCCUCGUCUGCCUCAUCUUCUGGCUCAUCUUCAGCAUCAUGGGCGUGAACCUCUUCGCGGGGAAGUUUGGGAGGUGCAUCAACCAGACUGAGGGAGACCUGCCCUUGAACUACACCAUCGUGAACAACAAGAGCGACUGUGAGUCCUUCAACAUGACUGGCGAGUUGUACUGGACCAAGGUGAAGGUCAACUUUGACAACGUGGGAGCCGGGUACCUGGCCCUUCUGCAGGUGGCAACAUUUAAAGGCUGGAUGGACAUUAUGUACGCGGCGGUGGACUCCAGAGGGUAUGAAGAGCAGCCCCAGUGGGAAUACAACCUCUACAUGUACAUCUACUUCGUCAUCUUCAUCAUCUUCGGGUCUUUCUUCACCCUGAACCUUUUCAUCGGUGUCAUCAUCGACAACUUCAACCAACAGAAGAAAAAGUUAGGGGGCCAGGACAUCUUCAUGACAGAGGAGCAGAAGAAGUACUACAAUGCCAUGAAGAAGCUGGGCUCCAAGAAGCCCCAGAAGCCCAUCCCGCGGCCCCUGAACAAGUACCAAGGUUUCAUAUUCGACAUUGUGACCAAGCAGGCCUUUGACGUCACCAUCAUGUUUCUCAUCUGCUUGAACAUGGUGACCAUGAUGGUGGAGACGGAUGACCAGAGCCCUGAGAAGGUUAACAUCUUGGCCAAGAUCAACCUGCUGUUUGUAGCCAUCUUCACAGGCGAGUGUAUCUUCAAGAUGGCUGCCCUUCGCCACUAUUACUUCACCAACAGCUGGAACAUCUUCGACUUCGUGGUUGUCAUCCUCUCCAUCGUGGCCAACAGCAAUGGCUCCCGGGGGAACUGCGGGAGCCCUGCCGUGGGCAUCCUCUUCUUCACCACCUACAUCAUCAUCUCCUUCCUCAUCGUGGUCAACAUGUACAUCGCCAUCAUCCUGGAGAACUUCAGCGUGGCCACGGAGGAGAGCACGGAGCCCCUGAGCGAGGACGACUUCGACAUGUUCUACGAGAUCUGGGAGAAGUUCGACCCGGAGGCCACCCAGUUCAUCGAGUACUCAGCCUUGUCCGAUUUUGCCGACGCCCUGUCUGAGCCGCUCCGGAUCGCCAAGCCCAACAAGAUAAGCCUCAUCAACAUGGACCUGCCCAUGGUGAGCGGGGACCGUAUCCACUGCAUGGACAUCCUCUUUGCCUUCACCAAGAGGGUCCUGGGCGAGUCUGGGGAGAUGGACGCCCUGAAGAUCCAGAUGGAGGAGAAGUUCAUGGCCGCCAACCCGUCCAAGAUCUCCUACGAGCCCAUCACCACCACGCUCCGGCGCAAGCACGAGGAGGUGUCGGCCACCAUCAUCCAGCGGGCCUUCCGGAGGCACCUGUUGCAGCGCUCCCUGAAGCACGCCUCCUUCCUCUACCGCCAGCAGAUGGGCAGCAGCGGCGUCUCGGAAGAGGAUGCCCCGGAGCAGGAGGGCCUCAUCGCCUACAUGAUGAAUGAGAACUACUCCCAGCGCCAUGGCCCACCCUCCAGCUCCUCCAUCUCCUCCACAUCCUUCCCACCGUCCUACGACAGCGUCACCAGGGCCACCAGCGAUAACCUCCAGGUAAGGGGGUCUGACUACAGCCACAGUGAAGACCUCCCAGACUUCCCCCCGUCCCCGAACAGGGACCGUGAAUCUGUCGUGUAAGCCGUGCCCGGCGGGCCAGCGCACAGCAUUGUGGCAAACCUGACUGCAGCCCCAGACCAGCAGUCGCUGGGCUGUCCUGGCUUUGGGCUUUGGGAGUGAGAGGUGAGCCUCGCCCUGCAGAGUCCUGAGGCAUCGCGCGGAGGGCGGGCAGCAGCUGGCCGAGCAGGCCGCUCGGGGAGGCCCAUCGGAGAGGCUCCACGUGUAAGUACCGGUCCUGGGGGGCCUGGUCUGGUCAGGCGGCGUCCGGGGGCUCUGAUCAGCACCUCCAACCCCGCUGCUGAGACAGAGCACAAAACAGACUGUAUGUUGUGAAUGGGCUUUCAUAAAUUUAUUAUAUUUGGUAUUUUUUUACUUAAGCAAAGAACUUUUUUUCCCACGGACGGACAGCAGUUCACACUGCCGCCUCUUAACUCUGAACAAGUGUGUCUGAAGCUGCUGGAACUCAGUUCUCAAAGCAAGAGUGAGAUCCAGUGUGGCCCCACUGGCCUUCACUGCCCAGGGGCAGAAAAGGGUUCCCUGCCGCUUGGACGGAGGUGCCACGAGGGCUGAACCCCUUCCCUCACAUGACGUGUGCGCACACACACGUACACUGAGGCCAGACAGGCCACGUGUGUCCCGGGCUCCCUGGGGGCGAGCGCCAGGCAGCCUGAAGGCAGUAGGCCUCUCCUCCUGGCCCCCAGCAGGGAGGAUCUUGUCAGCCUCCCAUUGUCCCCCAGGCCCCCU